AUGUCGCUUUUCUUUAUGAGUCUCUGAGCACUGCGGAUGGUAUAGCUGUUAAAGAAGUACCAGCAGAUGGAGGAACACCUUGCUGUAAAGCUGGAAAUACCUCAAGUGUGGAAAAAAGUGUUGAUGCAGAUCUUGCCCAAGAAGGUAGUUUGGUGCCUUUUCCUGAGGAAUCUGAAUCGUGGGCAUCGGAUCUGGACUUGUAUAACUCGGCCUCUCCCCCUGCCAGACAGUCGGUUUCUGAAGUAGAUGAUUCUGAGCUGGCCAGCACAUCUUUGUCGUUCCCAGGGACUGUCUGUCCCCAAGAAUCAUUAAAGACUGGAAUCCCUGCUGCUGUCAGUGGUGCAGAUGAGCCUCAGAAACUCCAUAGUCCUGUACUGACUUCAUUGGAUAAUGAGGGUACUGAAGGUACUGUACUACCCUCAUCUGUUCAGCAAGACGAGGAGGAGGCGAUAAUAAACCUGGGCCCUGCUAGAAAGAAAAGAAGAGGAGGUAGCAGUUGCUUUGACUGCAAUCUAAGUGAGCAUGGCACUGCAGAGAAGAAGCUGAAAGAAACCUUGACAGAUGAAGUGAAGGUAAUGAUGACAAAGCCAGACAAAAUGGAGGAAACUCUCACAUGUAUUAUAUGUCAGGAACUGCUGCAUGAUUGUGUCAGUUUACAGCCUUGUAUGCAUACAUUCUGUGCAGCUUGUUACUCUGGAUGGAUGGAGCGUUCUUCUCUUUGUCCAACUUGUCGUUGCCCUGUUGACCGCAUCAGUAAAAACCACAUGCUUAACAACCUGGCAGAGGCAUAUCUUCUGCAACAUCCAGACAAAGGUCGUAGUCGGGAGGAGCUUCUCACUAUGGAUGCCCAAAAUAAAAUCACUCAAGACAUGCUGCAGCCAAAGAUAAAGAGGUCAUUUUCAGAUGAAGAAGGAAGUUCAGAGGAACUUUUAGAAUUGUCUGAUGCAGACAGUGAAUCGUCUGACAUUAGUCAGCCAUAUAUAAUAUGUAGGCAGUGUCCUGGGUACUGGAGAAACCACAACCAUCCUGUCCUUUACCCUGUUCCAGAGACUCAGGCAGCUGGUUUUGUGAUCCCAGGGGAUACUCCGUCUACUUCUGCUAACGUUCCAGCAGCUGCCCAGGAAUAUGUUUGCCUUCCUCAUGGAAAUCAUGUGGUCUGCUCAUGUUGUUUCCAGCCAAUGCCAGACAGAAGAGACGAUCCUGGACACUGCCCAAACAUUACUCCUCAAUAUUGUACAGCUUGUUUACAGCCUUUCUGCCACAUGUACUGGGGCUGCACUCGAAUUGGAUGCUUUGGGUGCUUGGCACACUUUCGAGAUCUCAACUUCACUGAAAAAUGUUUAGAUGGUAUACUAAAUAAUAAUAUGUAUGAGUCGGAUAUUCUGAAGAACUAUCUUGCUUCCAGAGGACUUACAUGGAAAGACAUGCUAAACGAUUGUGUUACUUCUCUUCAGAGAGGAGUCUUUAAGCUGUCAGAUUACCGAAUUGCAGCACAUUCAGUUUUAUGUUACAGUUGUGGGCUUCGAAAUUUUAGGGAACUGGCAUAUCAGUAUAGGCAAAACAUCCCUGCUCCAGAGCUACCAGUUGCAGUGACAGCUCGUCCUGACUGUUACUGGGGACGUAAUUGUCGGACUCAAGUUAAAGCACACCACGCCAUGAAAUUCAACCACAUAUGUGAGCAAACAAGAUUCAAGAAUUGAAGCUUUGUGUAGUUAAGAGGUUACAUUGCAUUAGUUGGAAUCUUGUCCAGUUUGCACUCCUUGCUGGCAUUAUGUUCGGCCUCACGUAGUUGAAAAUAAAAGUCCAAUGUUGUGGACAUACAAGACAAACUGAAGUCGCUGUUCCAGGUUUUUGUCAUUUCGGACUUUGUGUUGUAACACUGUUAUGAUAUAUUCUUCCUGCCGAACAAGUGUAGUUCAGAACUGUAAUAAAACAGCACAAGAGACAAAAAGCUUGGAGCAUGGUUGUUUUAUGUACUCAUUCCUAAAGUGAGACUCUGGGUGCCUCAAGGUUUUGCAGAAAAUGCUUCUAGUAACGUUAUUCCAGAGUCUGCAUGGCCUUGAAAAUGAUACAGAUUCCCUACGCCUUUUGGAAAAUGAUACAGAUUCACUACGUCUUUUGGAAAGAGGUGCAUAAUAAGUGUGGAGCAGGUUGUAUAGUAGGAUAUGUCUAACAUUAUGAAAGCAAAAACAAAAUGAAAAUUACAGAACAGAAUCUGCGCUUGAUUGUAUCAAAAAGUACACUAAUCAGCAAAAAGGAGGACUGAGAAUUUAUCACAAUCUUGAAAGUGAAUAUAAAUUUAGUUGUAAUAGUUGUUGCUAAUGUGGUACUGCAAUCACAAGCAAAAAAUUAAAAAAAAAAUUAAAAAAUGCACAUUUGGCACUGCCAUCAUGCUGCAUAUUUUCUCUUAACGUUUUGUAAAAAAAUAUGCCUGCCUUGUGGUUUUUAAAGUCAAAUAAAUCACACCUGGGUGAUUUAAAAGGCUGCAGCUAAAUAUUGUUACUUCCAUACUUGAACUUGAAACAUAUUAAAGUUAAGAUACAGACUGCU